AUGUCCCACUUUCGCUUUCAGUAUGGUCAUAGACCCAAGGAACAGGUCAGACCGGUUAAUCCUGAAAUCCGCCAGUACUUCGACCCAGAUCUACCAGUCUACGGCCCUUGGAAGCUUUGGCAAACUAAGCCCGAGCUUCCUUCGACCGAAGAGAUCCUCGGGACAGACGUAUCAGGAGAUAUUGUCGCUCUUACCCCCAAUUGCAUUUCGGAACCUUGGGUGUCCAAGGAGAAAUACCUAGAGGCCCAUUAUGCAUUGAUCCGGGAAGACUCAGUUGCACCUCUUCGAAAUGCCGUGGCCCGGGUUCGCGCUGAUCCUUUUAUGAAGGAUACUCAGGAUAUCUCCAUCUAUGAGAAGGUCUUCAUUGUCGGUGUUACCUUAGCCCGAGCGGGUUUGGCGUUGCACAUCCAAUUCUCAACUCGUCGUGCGGGCAAGAAUAUUGCCUGGACAUACUCUAACCGUCUUAACCCUGGAACACUCGUUGCCCUUACCCCCAAGCGCAAUGCAUUCUUGAGCAAAUGUGUUGUCGCCGUCGUGGCUUGUCGGCUGCUGGAAUCGGUUGAGAAAGACCCCCCAGAGGUCGAUCUCUUCUUGGCCUCGUCCGAGGAUAUCGAGGUUGAUCCACAGCAAGAAUGGAUCAUGGUUGAGGCUCGAGCGGGAUAUUUUGAGGCAAAUCGACACACCUUGACAGCACUGCAGAAGUUGUCAAAGGAAAGUUUCCCGUUGAACGAACAAAUCUGCAGCUUGGAGGAAGACAUUGAUGCACCGGGAUACAUCAACACCGCGCCAUCCAUGGACUUUUCGCCAUUGUCCGAAGUCUCUGGACUCGAUGUCACGAACAAAUACGACAUCCUCGAGCGAUGGCCCUCCCAGCCAAUGGGAAAGCUAGAUGCAUCCCAGUGGUCAGCCCUGAACCGAAUGUUGACUAAAAAGCUGGCCAUCAUCCAGGGCCCUCCUGGAACGGGCAAGACCUUUACCUCCCUCGCCGCUCUGAGGAUGAUGCUCUCGAACAAAGGGCCCAAGGAUCCACCGAUAAUCAUCGCCGCUCAAACCAACCAUGCUCUUGAUCAACUUAUCAAGCAUAUCUCGGUGUUCGAGAAGAACUAUGUCCGGCUGGGUGGAAGAACUUCCGAUCCUGAGAUUCGCAAGCACACCCCUUAUGAGAUCAGACAGAACCAGGGUCUCUUGACAGUUGAGGGAGGUUUGAUGGCUCCAAUGAGAAAGAAACAGAACAAACUCGCGGCUGAGCUUGAGAAGGUCCUAAAGCCACUUGCGCCAUCAAAUAGCAAUAAGCCCCUUGCAGUAUCUCUAUUUCUGGAGCAUGGUCUUUUGAGCCAAGAGCAAGUUGAUUCCUUGAAGGAAGCUGCACACAAAUGGCAGCGAUCCAACACUCCUGCAAAUGCCGAUCCUUUGGCGGCUUGGCUUUCAGACUGCGUGAGGGAGUUUGACUCCGAAUACGCCGGUGACUUUGGGUUCAUCGAUGAUGAUAUUGACCUGGAGUAUGAGCAACUCAAAGAGAUCGAAGUCGAACACGGAAGAUAUGAGGAUGACUGGUCGUCUUUCAAAACACGCUAUUUCCCCUUGUCGGGUGGUCUUUGCAGCUCCAACACCGCCAAAGUCUCUCGGGCAACAGUUGAAAAUCUGCUAAAAGAGAAGGACUUUUAUAAAAUCCACAAGAGGUAUCGCGGUGCUGUCUAUGGCUACCUACGUGAGCAGCUGAUGGCUAUCCUGGGAGAAAAUGUGCAGCGCCUCGCUCAAAACUACAAAAAAAGCGCCUCCAAUUUUCAAAUUGGUAGGUUUGAACGGGACUACUGUAUUCUCCAGGAGGCGAAGAUCAUUGGAAUGACCACCACUGGUCUGAGCAAAUACAGAGGACUGGUCUCGAGUUUGAAGCCCCGAGUCAUCUUGAUCGAAGAGGCAGCAGAAGUACUUGAGGCCCCAGUUGCAGUCGCUUGUCUUCCGUCACUUCAGCAUCUUAUCCUUGUUGGUGAUCACCAGCAGCUGAAGGGUCAAUGUGCGGACUAUGAACUGUGCGGGCACCCUUUCUACCUCGAUAUCUCUAUGUUUGAGCGUCUGAUGAUAAACAAAAUGCCAUACGCCAUGCUUCAAGAGCAGAGACGAAUGGUGCCAGAAAUCAGAGCGCUCGUGGCCCCCAUCUAUGGGAAUCUUCUUCAUGACCAUCCGUCUGUUGGAGAUCACCCUUUUGUUCCUGGCAUGGGAGACAAGCGAUCAUUCUUUUUCGACCACACCGCGCAUGAAAGCAACGACAGUCUGCUAUCCAAGGUAAAUGACUUUGAGGCAUCAAUGGUGGUCAAUCUUCUUGCCUACCUGGUGAUGAACAAAGUCCCGGCAUCCAGUAUCACUGUCCUGACUUUCUACAAUGGCCAACGGAAAUUGAUCAUGCGAAAGAAGGCACAGAAUCCCAACGUCGCCAAACCAUACGUCAACAUAGUGACCGUCGACUCAUACCAAGGAGAAGAGAACGAUAUCAUCAUCCUCUCGCUUGUUCGAUCCAAUGAUCAUCGAGGUAUCGGCUUUCUCGCACAGGACAACAGAGUGUGUGUCGCCUUGUCGCGCGCCAAAUACGGUCUUUACAUAUUUGGCAAUGCACGAUGUGUUAGCAAACACAGUGAGUUUUGGUAUGCAGUUACCAAUGUGAUGUCGGAGAACCAAGAAGACCCCCGUAUCGGCCCGGCUCUGCCUCUGUACUGCACACGACACAACCAAGAAACCCUUAUCGAAACUCUCAAGGACUGGAACACCAUCGGCGACGGCUGCGACAAGCCUUGUGGCACGAAUUUACCAUGCGGACAUCCAUGUCCCCGCAAAUGCCACGGUUCCGAACACGACUGGGUCUCCUGCAAACAGCGCUGCCGUGAAAUCCGCGACUGCUGUAACACGUUCUGCAUUUGUGUGUGCUCUCCCCCACACACUCACGAUUGCUUCUGCGGUAUGGGCAAGGACAACAAAACCCAGAUCUUCGACGGCGGAUCCGACUGGGAUGAUGUCGAUGCCGAAGAAGAUGAUCGCGACGGAAAGGUCGGCCCCAUCCCCCGGACCCGAGCCCCAACCCGCGCUUCUGCCUCUGCCUCUACCUCCACCGCAGAAGAUGCAGCUCGUUGCGCCGAGGGUGUGCGCCAAUGGCAGGCGUUUGCGCGUGGUGGUGGCGUGUUGGAUGAUUAUCGUCGGGCUGGGCUCGACGCUAGCGGGAAACGUCCUCAGAAAGAUGCUAUUCCAGUUGAACAGAACGUGGUUGCUCCGGUUCAAGGCACUCUUAUCGACUUCGACGAUGAUGACGAUGACGACGAUGAUGAUCAGGUUGAAGUUCCGGGUGCAGGGGAAGACGCCCUGGCCGAGAGGGGCAUCUUCGCACGUGAUAGCGAUGAUCAGGUCGAAGCUAUGAGUGAAGUACAAGACACGCCUCCUACUCUCGACAAAGACUUGAUAAACUUCGAAGAGGAUGAUGAUGGCUACCAAGCUGGAGGUGUGAGUCAACCGAUAAUGCAGCUUCCUUCUAUGCGGCUUCCUUCUAUGUUAGCCGAAGUUUCGCUUACUUCUAGGGUCGAGGAAGUCGCGGCGUCUCCAUUUGAGGGAGAUCUGAUCGAGCUUUCCUAG